AUGGAUCCUCAUUAACAAUGCAAAUAUAUCUAAGAAAUUUCAUAUCAAGAGAACGAUCAGGUCUUAUUUAUCAAUAUUAUAGUUAAGAUAAAGAGUAUCAGAACUUGAAGCAAAAAAUGCAGAAUUGUAAGAUGAAGUCGAAGCCAUAAAUGAUCUAUUAGAAUAGGAGAAGACAUAAUGUUAACAAAAAGAGAAAGCACUUUAAACUCUAUAGGUGAUUAAUUAGGAGUUAAAUUACAGGGUUUAAGAGUUGUAAAAUAAAAUUGGUGAAAAAGACACUAAAAUUUAGGAACUUUAAAAUGUUAUAAAAUAAAAAGAUGAUUAAAUUACAUAAAUGAAUAAGGAUCAUAGAAAAAUUGGAAGCAAAUCUAAAACUUAAAGAAAAUAAAGCAAUCCAAAAAAAUAAUGA